GGUCACCUGUCAUAAGCAGUAUUCAAAACCAGGAUCCAAAGUGUGGUCUGAGCUCCUUUAAGCCCAAGGGUUUGGGAGCUCCUGGUGAGUCCUCAGAGAAGAAUCCAGAAGAGAAAGAUGGAAGGGGAGUGGCCCCCUGGGGGGGAACUCCUCCUCUACCUCACCGUCAGCCUUCUGCAUCAAGGAAGAGCCGACCCUUUCACCAUCAAUUGCUCAGGGUUUGACCAGCAUGGGGUGGAUCCUGCUGCCUUCCAAGCAGUGUUUGACAGAAAGGCCUUCCGUCCAGUCAUCAACUACAGCAUCCCCACUCAUGUCAACAUCUCCUUCACCCUGUCUGCCAUCCUGGAAGUGGAUGCACAUCUCCAGCUUCUGACGUCAUUCCUGUGGAUUGUUUUGAUAUGGGACAAUCCUUUCAUCAGCUGGAACCCGGAAGAGUGUGUCGAUGUCAAUAAACUCACUGUAUCAGCAGAAAACCUGUGGCUUCCAGAUAUCUUCAUUAUGGAGUCCAUGGAUGUGGACCGGGCACCUCCAGGUCUCUCCGCAUACAUCAGCAGUGACGGUCGGAUACAGUACGAUAGGCCAGUGCGGGUGACCAGCAUCUGUAAUCUGGACAUCUUCUACUUCCCUUUUGACCAACAGAACUGCACCUUCACCUUCACUUCCUUCCUCUACACAGUGGACAGCAUGCUUCUGGGCAUGGACAAGGAAGUGUGGGAGAUAACAGAUACGUCUCGUAACGUCAUUCAGACCCAGGGAGAGUGGGAGCUCCUGGGCAUCACCAAGUCCACCCUAAAGAUGUUUGUGGGCAGCAACGUGUAUGACCAGAUCACGUUCUAUGUGGCCAUCAGGCGCAGACCCAGACUCUAUAUCAUAAACCUCCUGGUGCCCAGUGGCUUUCUGAUGGCCAUCGAUGCCCUCAGCUUCUUCCUGCCUGCAGAAAGCGAGAGCCGUGCCCCGUUCAAGAUAACCCUUCUGCUGGGCUACAACGUCUUCCUGCUCCUGAUGAACGACUUACUCCCUGCCAGUGGCACCCCCCUCAUCAGUGUCUACUUUGCUCUGUGCCUGUCCCUGAUGGUGGUCAGCCUGCUGGAGACCAUUUUCAUCACCUACCUGCUGCACCUGGCCACCACCCAGCCCCCACCCAUGCCCCGGUGGCUCCAUUCCCUGCUUCUGCACUGCACCAGCCCAAUGAAAUGCUGUCCCACUGCACCCCAGAAGGGAAACAAGGGUCUGGGUCUCGCCCCUGCCAACCUGCCUGGUCUGAAGGAACCUGUGGAGUUGGUGGAGAAGGCGCCAGGUCUCCAAGAGGCAGAGUUAAAUGGGUGCCCUGAGUCAACAAGGUGCCAACAGGAAGAUGAGGCUCAGAAGCAGCACUUGGUCAGCCUGUGGGUUCAGUUCAGCCACAUGAUGGACACCCUGCUGUUCCGCCUCUACCUGCUCUUCAUGGCCACUUUCAUCACCUCAGUCAUUGUCCUCUGGAGCACCUAGGCGGACAACCACAUCCAUCUCUCUCUGCAAACCACAGCUUGAGUUUCUCUUGUAUAAUAUUAGGGUCAACCAAACCCUGACCUCUUUCCUAAUCUUAACCACUUCUCCAGUGACUACCAUAUCCUCUUUACAUUCUCAAAACUUCAACACAGCCCUACCGAGUAGGUUCAGAACAGCCAUGGUCCUCUCAUAUCCCAUGGUCAUCAUUCCUGCACAAGUUUAGUGUCCACACUUAACUCUGACUUCCUUAUCAAUCAAGGUCCAGGUCAGUGCAAUCUCUCCUUGAUUGAUUGGCCCAAUAAAUGACUUUCCAGGAAGCACUGACCCCUCAGUACCUUUAAGAUAGGUCCACAAACUCUAGGGUGGAGAGUCCUCCUGCAGAAGUUUUGAUACUUCACCCUAAACAGGUGUACUGUAAUAUUAUUUAAUUUUAAGUCUCUCAGACACUUUCAGAGAUUAAAAGGAUACAAAAGUAAAAUCUCAUUUGCAAGAAAUUACUAUAAAAUAGUUAUAAUUGCAAAAUAUUUAUUUCAUCAAUCAUUUCCAUUUCACUUUCCUUUACCUCUCUCAUUUCUAAAAUUGCUCUUUGAAAUAAACAUUGUGUCAUUUUUUAAUUCUGACAGAUUCCUCUGAUUUCACAAAAUCAGAGAGGGCCUUCUGAAUAUAUAUGCUUGGAGGAUAGCCUGAAAGAUAGUUAAGGACUUCAGUUAGAGUUCAAGUUAAAUAAAUUGUCAUUCAGCCACAUGAUGGAAUGCUUUGUAGCUAUUUAAAGUGAGAAUAUAGAUCUAUGUUAAUAAACAUGGAAACAGGUCCAUGGUAUUUAAAGUAGAGAAAACAAGUUACAAAACAAUAUGUAUACAUUAUUUCUGUAAGGAAAAAAAAAAGGCAGAGAAAAAGGUAUGUAUGUCUAAACAUCAAAACAUGAGCAAACUUUGUGCUGGAUAAUGGGAUUGGGAUUAUGAGUGAUUGCUAUUUUCUUUUAUAUAUUUAACUAUUUUUUCUUAACUUUUUCAAUGAACAAAUAUUAUCUUUACUAUCAAAAAUCAUAUCUUAAAUGUUUAAUUUUUUAAUUUUUAAUUACAGUUGACAUAUAAUAUUAUAUUAGUUUCAGAUGUACAACCUGGUGAUUAGACAUUUUUAUAAUUUACAAAAUAAUCCCUCCAAUAUUUCCAGUAGCUACUUGACACCAUACUAAUUAUUACUAUAUUAUUGACUAUAUUCCCUGUGCUAUUGUAUAUUUUACAUCCCCAUGACUGUUUUGUAACUACCAAUUUGUACUUUUUCACCCAUCCUCUCCAACUCCUCUCUCAUCUGGCAAUUAUCAAAAUGUGCUCUGUAUCUAUGAAUCUGUUUCUGUUCUGAUUGUUCGUGUAUUUUGUUUUUU